UGCCACCGGUCUGGCGUCAGCCGUCUGAUGGUGACCCUCACUGUCUGGAAUGCAGCAAAGAAAGAAACAUCACACAGACAACUGCUGCCCUGCUCACUCCCUCCAAAAUAGAAAGUCUUUGUGUCUCCUCCUUAGAAAGGUAUGGUGCAGGAUGCCACAGGCCCAUGAGGAAAAGGGUUUAGGGGAGGAGGGCAGUGUGCUGAGCCUCCAUGUGAAUAUAGGGCUUGGAUCCGAGGGCAUUGACCAUCUCUUCCCCUCCACUGAUGGACUUUCUUCAUAGCAAGAUGUCGGAGAAGAAGGUGUCCAGCAGCCGGAAAAGCAAACUGAAGAGCUUGUUGCUUCAGAUUGGCCAGUCCAUGCUGGAACAGGAAUCCCUCGAGGUGGAGAGAAGGAAAAUAAGUUACAUGGAGGAGAAGUGCCCUCCUCUCAACUUCCCUCAGUCUAUGCCGGAGCUCCAGGAGCUCUGUGAGAAGCUUCACAAUCAGAUCGACCUGGUGGACGAAGAGCGGUAUGACGCGGCGGGAAAAGUUUCAAAGUCAAGGAUGGAGAUUGAUGACCUGAAGAUGGUGGUGCAGGAUCUGAACGGCAGGUUUAAGAAGCCUGCUCUGAGGAGGGUGAGGAUGUCUGCCGAGGCCAUGGUGGCCGCCCUCCUGGGAUCCAAACACAAAGUGUCCAUGGACCUCAGGGGUAACCUCCAACAGGUUAAGAGGGAGGUCAAAGAGGAGGAGAAACACACUGGAGACUGGCGAAAGAAUAUCGAAGACAAGUCUGGCAUGGAUGGAAGGAAGAAGAUGUUUGAGACAGAGGCCUAAAUGUCACAAAUGCCUCAUUUGAAUGCAGUUGUGGAACUGAUUUUAUAUUUUCACUUUAUAUUAUUGAUCACUUUAGAUAUUUCUUAACCAAUAUGUAUUAAUUCUCGUUGGUUCCUAUAAAAAAAAAAAAUGUUGGCGUUGCUUUUUUCAGAAUAAUGGUAUUUUAAAACUCACAAACCAUUAACUAGUGUUUCUGCUAACAUUGAUGACAAAAUCAUCGAAGAAAUAGAAAAACAAAGAUAACAUAUCUCUCUAUCUCACACACACGUACACACACGCG